CUAGAACCUGCUCCAGGGACAAAGUUAAUAUAGGUUGUUGAUUUCUCGACGACAUCUCAUGUGAAUAUUCUCGGAGAUUCCAGUUUCAUCACUUUUUAACAAUCGAGACGGCCGGCACCGUUUACUGCGCUCAACCCCUCCAGUGUAUCAUCACGUCUACGUUUGUCAAGAUGGCGUCCACUGCAACAGGUCCACAACCAACUGCCACCAGUACUGAUCAUAACGGGGAUGAUAGUAGCUCAAGCCCCACAAGUUCGCCCCUCUUAUUCUUCGUUGCCCUUGGUUUCGGUGUUGUAUUCACGAACCUAUGGUAUGCCCAACGUUGAAUUAUGUUUGAAAUGUGCGCUAACCUUGUCGACCACGUUUAGGAUUAUUGUUGGGGUAAAGUAUUGCUUCCGAUACAAUCAGCGAAACCGCCAACUACGCAAUGAGGAAACGGGCGAACCGAUAGAUUUAGUAACCAUGCCUCGAACACAUAGGAGGAGGAGAGAAAAAAAGUUGAUGAGUAUGGAUGAAGUUAACGAACGGUUUCCACUUGUCAAAUACAAAGCGUGGAGAUCUUCGCGUGCGAAUGAAGGCCUUCCAACCGCAGGCGGAAUAUCGGCACCGAAUAGCAGGCCCCAGAGCUUGAAAGGUGAACAUGACAUUCUAUCUACCACAGUUGGGGCACCCUCUUCCACAACAAAUUCACCAAGGGAAGGCCACCGUCGAUGUGAUUCGACCACAUCGCACUCAUCUAUACCAGUUGAACAUGCACCGACGGCCUUAGUGCAACCGGAAGAGAAGGAGAACGCCGAUCAAUCAUUUGCUGUAGUGGCUGAUGGCACCCAAGACUCAGACACAAAACAGCUACAGAAUUGCAAUUCACUUGAGGGUGACGAGGAUGUUAAUAACCAAAUUCGCACCGCAGUACCAGCGGAACUUUUACCCAAUCCAGGCGAUUCGUGUGCAAUUUGCCUUGAUACGAUCGAAGAUGACGAUGACAUACGUGGGCUUACAUGUGGUCAUGCUUUCCAUGCAUCCUGUGUCGACCCAUGGUUAACGAGUCGAAGAGCCUGUUGUCCCUUGUGCAAGGCCGAUUACUAUGUUCCAAAGCCUCGCUCUGAUCCUGGCGGACAAACACCUAAUCCAGAACGCUCAGGCCGUCGCAACACAACACGAUUGGCCGUUCCUACACAACCACAAUCAGUGUUUAUAGAAGGACGUGUUAACCCAUUUCGGAAUCCCCUAGCUAUAUCAGAGCGACAGGCUCCGCCGAGAAAUGGAACCCAGUUGUCCCGGCUAACUGCACCGCGUCUUUGGCGAAUACAAGAUCACCACUCUGGGCCUACUAGUAACCUGUCAAGCUCAGCCCCAGAGCCUCCGGACCGGCGAGAUUGGAGGACUAGAUUUACGCCUAUUAGGCCGUUGAACCUUUCUUUUCUAUCCUUUUCCGCUCGGAAUCAGUAUUCAAGGGAGAGCAUGCCGCAAUCGACGGACACUGCACACCCUGCGGCCGAUCGGACACCUAGCCAACUGGAAGCCCAGUCUGGUGCAUGAGCAGCUUCAUGAAUUAUGUUUCGCGGCUACCCUACCCAGUUCACAUCAAACGUUGCCCUUCCUCACUUCAUGGCAUCUGGAAUGCCACUUGGCAACGGCACGAUUAUUCACAGCGUGCAAGAUCACGCAAAGACAUAAAUAUUGUUCUGUAUAAUACGUUGAAGUACCUCACCAUUCGAAAGACAACUCCGUCUUA